GGUCGCGGCCUCCCGGCGAACGCGGUUACCGUGGAAACCGCGGCCAUGGCUGCACCGCGGCAAGUCCCCAGCCACACAGUGCCCCGUAAGCCCAGCUGCUCUACAGACUCGUCGUUCACCCGGACGCCGGUGCCCACCGUGUCUCUCGGUUCCCGCGAGCUGCCUGUCUCGCCGUGGCAGGUCGCCGAGCCGUCAAGCAAGAAUCUGUGGGAGCAGAUCUGCGACGAGUAUGAAGCUGAGCAGCCUCCCUUUCCAGAAGGAUAUAAAGUCAAACAGGAACCUGUGAUUACUGUUGCGCCAGUAGAGGAAAUGCUUUUUCAUGGCUUCAGUGCAGAGCACUAUUUUCCGGUUUCCCAUUUCACCAUGAUCUCACAUACACCCUGUCCUCAAGAUAAAUCGGAAACAGUCAACCCAAAAACAUGUUCUCCCAAAGAAUAUUUGGAAACUUUCAUCUUUCCUGUUCUGCUUCCCGGAAUGGCUAGCCUGCUUCACCAAGCGAAGAAAGAAAAAUGUUUUGAGAGGAAAAGAACCAAAUUCAUUGCCUGUGAUUUUCUGACCGAGUGGUUAUACAACCAAAAUCCAAAGAGGGCAGGGGAGCCAUUCACAGAAUUUUUCUCCAUUCCAUUUGUGGAGGAGUGGCUAAAGCAACACCCACGGCCGCCGAUCCCACUCUCCCUCCUGCUGACAGAAGAGGAAGCGGCCCUCUACAUUCAAUCCUUCUGGAGAGCCUAUUUGGUUCGCUGUGAUCCUGAGAUUCAAGAGCUGCGUCAGUGGCAGAAGAAACUGCGCGAGGCCAAGCACAUUCACCAGCGAGUCAAAAUUUUCUGGGCCAAGCAAGAACAAAAAGUGAAAUGCAAAAUGGAGGACGAUGUGGUACCUGCAGGCAAAAUGAAAAUUCCAUCGUCUUAACCACAGCUAAGAUGUAUCUUUGCCCAUUCGAGCACAAGUUACCUCGAGCAAGGAAAAUGUCCAAAGUAUGCUUUCUGUCUUGUGAUUUCUUUAACAAGACUUGGAACAUAUGAAAAUGGAAUCCUUUCUGUACAAGACGGGAUUCACUGCAAACAAGCUUUAGUGCAAAUAGUUUAGAAAAGAAAGGACCAGUCUUCACUUUCUGCAUUAUCCUCACAUUUUAUUCAUUCAUCCAGAUUAUUUCUUCAGUGCCUCAGGAGUAUCCUUCUACACCAGCUGCUGUUAAAAUGUACAAUGAACUCUAGUCCCAAGGGAUACAGAAGUGCUCUUAUUACCAGUUUUCCCACUCUUGGCCGCUUUUGCAAAGAUCCAUAUUCUAAUUUAAGUCCCCAACCUCUGAAUUUGGUUUUAAGUUUACCUAGUGACUGACCACUCUUUUUAUAACAAAAGACCUUAUACUUAUGAUCAUUUCCAUAGGAGACCACCCCUUAACUUUUACUGCAAACCCAACAAGAUGAGACACUUGAACCCAGACAGAUGUAACAAAGGAUUUCUGUUGUCUGAGUCCCAGAGUAUUAUAUAGAAAGUUUCUGCUUUUAUGGGUAAAUAAGCUUAUUAUCUUAAUUUGUUCUGUGGUUUGCCGUUAACCAAGAUUCUCCCAUUUAAAAUGCCACAGAUUGAGCCUCAGGCAGAUCCGAAAGCCUAGUAGUUAGUUGCAUUGAGUUGUUUUCACAAGCUACCACACGUCUUAAGUAAAUAGUAAAGCCUUUAUUUUUGUGUUAAGAACAGCAUUUUGAAAAUAAAACCUAUCUGCCCAUGCUUUACAACCUUUUAAAUUUGUAAUAUUUAUAUAGUCAUGUAUGGUACAUAUUGAUUGUCUUGAAAUUUCUUUAACUUCUUCUUUAUAAGUAUGCAACAGUCAGCCAGGGGGAAGAUAAAGUUACAUUAUAAAACACACAUUAAUGCAUUUAAUAAAUAUAUAUUAUCUAUCAAAAAUGAGCCUUAGCUCUUCAUCAAUUAAUAAAAAGCACCUGCUGAGGACUCCUGUAAGCUGGUAUCAUCAUUGCAUCAUUGGAUUAUAAAAGCCACAAUGCUCCCUUUCGGCUUGGGGUUUGGCCUGAGGCGUUCAACUCAGCCUUGGCCAACCAAGACCACCACCCGAAUUCAUCCGUGUUCAGUGGGCCCUGACGGCAUCUGGGCUAAAAAAAAAAAAGCACUGGGCACCCA